CCCCGGCCAUGGCAUUGAAUUGAAAUUACACCUCUACGAUAUUGGCUUCAAUAACUGUCAACUACAGCCCGCCGUCUACCACUGGUGCGCAUGAGAUUUCCGGCUAUGCUCAUAGAUGUGUAUCAAACAGUAGCAUCCAGUGGUGGCUAGUGUGCAAGUGCGAGCUUUACCCGCGUUAGACUCCAGAAGGUCUCGCUGCCGGUCAAAGGUUGUUCUGGAACAUGGAGCUGUUUGGGUUUCAAAAGCUAUUUUCAGGUCCUAAGCUUAAUCUUUGGGCUUUUAUUUUGAUUCUCUUUGAUUAUUAUAUCUCACGCACACAAGAUUUAUGAUGAGAUAUGGCUGAACCCAGGCCGAACAGCAACAUAAACAGUUGACUAUCUUGGGGGGCUCUGCUUGAACAAUAACAUGCAUAUAGCCAGGGGGCUUCUGGGGUGAAAGGGUGAAUAUUAGGAGUAUCAGCAAAUUUGAAUUGAAUAUGACUGAGAUUCUAUGGUUUCUAACCUACCCUUCCACGGCGAGCAAGCGACAGCUUUUCCGUCCUAAUGUCGGCCGAAGCGAACAAGAUGCCCGGAAGAAGCUAGAGCACCUUUGGUUCCAUGAGUACGAGGAUUUACGAAAGGAAAAUGAAGGUCUUGUUCGCUCAUACGAAGAGAAGUGGUAUAUCAAUUUGGCAAGGCCAGAGGACCAGCAAAGGGUAAGGGAUGGGAAUCUCCAGGGCCUGUUGGAAGAGGUGGUGUCUGAACAGGCGGGAGAGCUCGGAAGUGCUGUGAAGAAGAUCGUGAGCACGAUCAUAGAAAACAAGGAUUCAGUCUCCCAAGCAGUAGCUGGAAGGCCUUACGCUCAGCUGGCCUGGGGAGGGGUUCUGGCUUUACUUAUGGCCGCCUCACGAGUGCUGACAGAGCCUCAACAUGCAAUUGAGGGUCUCGAUCUGGUGACAAAUAUCCUUCUACGGCAUCACCUAGAACAGAUCAACUUCAAGAGUUUGUAUGAGGCUACAAUUCUAGAAGGUGCAAAUGCAAUCAAGUGUUCCGAGUACCUCAUGAACAACACCAUCAAGCUUUACACCGGGAUUUUGGAAUAUCAGAUACGGCUUGCGGAGCAAUGCUAUAGCCACCGUGUGAUAGUUGAUGACUGGGGCGACAUGACGAAGAAGCUCCGGAGUGUUGAUAAGCGCAUUGUGCAAGAGCUAAAAGCCCAAAAGGAGGCGCGUGGACAGAUCGAACGGAGGCUUCACGAAAUGCAUCCAGUUACUCGUGCAACAUGGGCCCGGCUCAAGGAGGAGCCGAUCUGUCAUGAGGGAACACGAACAGAAAUUCGACGAAGGAUUCACGAAUGGAGUGAGGAUUCAAAGGCAAAGCCGAUCCUAUGGCUGAGCGGGUUACCUGGAACAGCUAUCGGGUCCAAGAAAAACAUACAGGACCGAUCCGUGGAGGAUCAGUGGCAAGAUUUUAUCCACGGUCCUCUGUCCUCACUGGAGGCCAUCUCCCCCAAACCGAUCAUCAUACUUGACGCAGUCGAUGAGAUUGAGAUGGAAGAUGAAACCGUCGGGCAUCUCCUGCAGCGCCUAAGCGAGACCGAGCGACUCGUCUUUCUCAUAUCCUGUCGUUCCGAGAGUCCAUCACGCUUUCAAGGGCUGGAGCAUAUGGUUCAGGAACUAAAGCUGGGGAAAGUUGACGUUAGCAACAAGGCCGAGAAUGACAUGACUUCUGUCAUAAGGCAUGAGUUAGCCAAAAUCUCAGCGGGACUUCCUGAUCUCGCACCAGACGUUCUCGGACAGAAGACCAUCAAGGAUCUUGCAUCGAAAACGGAGGGUUUUUCCGUCUAUGCAAGCUUUAUUUGCCGAUUUCUGAAGACGGCAGACAGGAAAGGUCAGCUAAAGCGUCGCCUUGAACUAAUUCUAGCGGAGAAGCCAACCAGUGGGCCAUCGAUGAGCAUGAAUCAGCUGUAUGCGGAAAUCCUCGGCCAUGUGAUUACCAAGGAUUUGGAAGACGACGAGGAAGUAUCCUCGUUAUUCCAAAGGUUGGUGGGAGCAAUGGUCGUGCUGAGACAGCCGCUCUCGGUCCCGUCCCUCAGCAGAUUGAUAUCUGUUUCAGAUGAAGAUAGUGACUAUAUCAUCUCGAAGCUGCGCUCAGUUAUUGAGAUAGCCGACUCGGAAUGUCCGCCGUCAUUCAUUCAUGAAUCCUUUAAGGAGUACCUCCUUGACAACACCCGAUGCUUGGAUCCAAUCUUUCACAUCAGGAAGGAGACACAACAUGGCGAGCUCUUUCGCAGUUGUAUGAGAGUAAUGAGCGAGACCAUGAAUGGUGAUGUCCGUCAUGUCCAGGAUUCUAGCUCCACGAGGGCCUCUCCCCGGGAACAGUUGCCACAAUAUGUUGAAUAUGCGUGCAUGUUUUGGGUGGAACAUCUGUCCCGGAGCGGGUUGGCCUUCAAGUCAGAAAGCCAUACGGUCGAAAACUUUUUGAAACGACACUUGCUGCACUCAUCUCUUGAUAACCAUUACUAA